AGUUUGACCGCAGACGACUCCCUAUCGGAUUUAAACCCCAACAGCCCAAUUACUUUCCCACCUUUUCCCGGCGAAACAGUACUCAGCCGGAGUAGCCAACUGAACCCACCAAAAUGUCCAAACUACCAGUUUCAUUUCUCAGAACCCCAUUCCUCCUUCUGCUCCUCAUCCUCAUCCCCACACCCCUCCAAGUAAAUUCAAGAUCCGAUAACACCGAACGAGCCACGCUACUGAACCUUAAACGGCAGUGGGGCAAUCCACCGUCCAUACAGUCCUGGAACUCCUCAUCCUCACCUUGCGAUUGGCCGGAGAUCGAAUGCGCCAACGGCACUGUCACCGGAAUCAUCCUCCGGGACAAAAACAUCACCCACAAAAUCCCGGCAACAAUUUGCGACCUCAGGAACCUCAACAUCCUCGACCUCUCUUAUAAUUACAUCCCCGGAGAGUUUCCAAGAGUCCUAUACAAUUGCUCCAAGCUCCAACUUCUUGACCUCUCCCAGAACUAUUUUGUCGGCCCAAUCCCGGACGACAUCGACCGGAUUCCGACUCUCCAGUACAUAGACCUGGGCGCGAACAAUUUCUCCGGCGAUAUCCCCGAGGCGAUAGGGAGGCUGCCGGAGCUUCACACGUUGAAUCUCUAUCAAAAUGAGUUCAACGGCACGUUUCCAAGGGAUAUCGGGAACUUGUCCAAUCUUGAAGUUCUGCGCAUGGCCUAUAAUGACAAGUUUGUACCUGCGCCGAUACCGCCGGAGUUUGGACGGCUGAGGAAGUUGAGGUUUAUGUGGAUGACUGUGACAAAUUUGAUCGGCGAAAUCCCAGAAAACAUUUCUGGUCUUCCGAGCCUGGAGCACUUGGAUUUAGCAAGGAACAAUUUGGUAGGUGCGAUUCCUAGUGGGUUGUUUUUGUUAAAGAAUUUAAGCUAUGUGUAUCUCUUUCAUAAUAGAUUGGCCGGGGAGAUACCCAGCUUGGUUGAAUCGACAAAUUUGAUCGGUGUUGAUCUUUCGAUGAACAACUUGACCGGUUCAAUUCCGGAAGAUUUCGGCAAGUUAAAAUAUUUGAAACUAUUGAGUUUGUUUACUAAUCAACUUACCGGCGAAAUCCCGAAAAGUUUAGGCCUACUUCCACUGAUUGAUUUUCGGGUUUUUAGCAACAAAUUGACUGGAACUUUGCCGGCGGAGAUGGGCCUGAAUUCGAAGCUCGAAGCAUUUGAAGUCUCGGGAAAUCAACUAAGCGGUCAAUUGCCUCAACAUUUAUGCGAUGGAGGUGCUUUGCAAGGACUGGUUGCAUUUUCUAACAAUCUCAGCGGAGAAUUGCCGAAAUGGGUUGGAAAUUGUACUAGUUUGCGCACUGUUCAGCUUCACGAAAACAACUUCUCCGGUGAGCUUCCUUUUGGCCUUUGGACAUCGCUGAAUCUAUCAAGCUUGAUGUUAACUGACAACUCGUUUUCCGGCGAGCUUCCAAGUAAGUUUGCUAGGAAUUUGUCGAGGCUAGAAAUCGGAAAAAACAAAUUUUCAGGUCAAAUUCCUGUAGGAGUCGCAUCCUGGGUGAACUUGGUUGUGUAUGAUGCAAGCAACAAUCUGCUCUCGGGGAAAAUCCCAGUGGAACUAACAAGUCUUCAUCGUCUUAAUUCUCUUUUUCUGGAUGGUAAUCAACUUUCUGGCGAACUUCCAUCGGAGAUCAUCUCAUGGAAAUCGUUGACUACUUUGAACCUCUCAAGAAAUAAGCUUUCAGGCAAAAUCCCAGGCGUGGUUGGGUAUUUACCUGACCUCCUUUAUUUGGACUUAUCGGAAAACCAACUGUCCGGUGAAAUCCCACCAGAAAUUGGCAAUUUGAGGCUUACUUCACUCAAUUUGUCCUACAAUCAACUAUCUGGGAAAAUCCCAUAUCAGUUUGAAAACCUUGCAUAUGAAAACAGUUUCCUCAACAAUUCAAAUCUAUGCGCUGAUAAUCCAAUUCCAGGCGUUCCAAGCUGUUACACUACUCAACUUGGUAGCUCCAACAAACUGUCCUCUACCUACCUUGCCAUGAUUCUAGUUCUCGCCGUUAUAGUUUUCCUCGUCACUCUUUCUUUGGUCUUGUAUAAGUUAAGAGGCUGCCGGACUAAAAAGCACCGACGCAAUCUGGGAACGUGGAAGAUUACGUCGUUCCGUAGAUUGGAUUUUGAAAAAUUGAACAUUCUGUCGAAUCUGACUGAAAAUAACCUUUUAGGAAGUGGCGGGUCGGGAAAAGUAUACCGGAUUCCCACUGACCGUCCGGGCGAAUUUGUUGCUGUGAAAAGAAUUUGGAGCGACAAGACAUUAGAUCACAAGCUGGAGAAAGAAUUUAUGGCGGAGGUUCAGGUGCUGGGUAUGAUUAGGCAUUCGAAUAUAGUGAAAUUGUUGUGCUGUUUUUCGUGCCAGGACACAAAGCUUCUUGUCUACGAGUACAAGGAAAAUCAGAGUCUAGAUAAAUGGCUCCAUGGGAAGGAGAGGAGAUCAACGACAGGUAUGAAUCCAGUGCAUCUUAUGGUCUUGGAUUGGCCUAAGAGGUUGCAGAUUGCAAUCGGGGUAGCCCAAGGCCUGUAUUACAUGCACAAUGACUGCUCUCCUCCGAUCAUCCAUCGAGAUGUCAAGUCCAGCAACAUUUUGUUGGAUGCUGAGUUCAAGGCAAGCAUAGCAGAUUUUGGGCUAGCCAAGAUUUUAGAUCAGCAUGGAAAGCCCCAAACGAUGUCUGCUGUCGCAGGCUCCGUCGGUUACAUCGCCCCGGAGUAUGCUUAUACGGCGAAGGUGAAUGAGAAGAUCGAUGUAUACAGCUUUGGAGUUGUACUUCUCGAACUCGCUACGGGAAGAGACGCCCAAAGCGGGGACGAGCACAUGAGCCUAGCAGAAUGGGCAUGGUGGCACUAUAAGGAAAGAAAGUCUAUUGCUGAUGCCCUCGACAAUGAAAUCAAGAAAGCAUGUUACUUGGAAGAGAUGUCUAGUGUUUUUAAACUAGGACUCAUGUGUACCGGGACAUCACCUUCAACUCGGCCUUCCAUGGAGGAGGUUUUGCAGAUUCUUUGCCGCUGCAGCACUUCCAGAGCUUCUGAAGGGAAAAAGAUGGGAAGCGAGUUUGAUGUUGCUCCUCUCCUCGGCAGUGCUACAUAUCUUUCUAGUUACAAGCAGAGUCGGAAGGUAUCUGAGGAAGAUGCUGACAGCUAUGUUUAGAAUUGCACCAACUCAUACAGUAGUGUCCGGGAUUCGGAAGCACGACAGGAACUUGUAAAAAUCGCAUCAUUCAUCAAGGAUUUUAGAAACUUUGAAGAUCCAGGGAAUUAUGAUAUAUUAGACGGAUUAAAUGAUAGGGGUCAGAUUAGAUUAAGAGGUGGAGUUGGAAUUCAUUAGGAUUAGAUUAGGUAAGAUUAGGAUUAUAGUUUAUUUGAUUUUGAAUAUUAGAACUUUAGGUGUUAUCAUUUAGGCUUUAUCUGUUUGUAUUUCUAUUUAAAGGUCAUUUGGUCGUUAAUGAAUAUAGAGAGAAUUAAUAUA